GCGGCGCGACCCAAACCCCACACCACGCCAUGCUGCCGCGAUCGCCGGCGAGCCUCCACCUCCGGUCGCUCCAGUGGGCGCGAGCCUUCAGCUCGUCCUCCUCCCCCUCGCCCUCCGCUGCGGCCGACGGGAAGAUCGUGGCGUCGGUGGUCUUCGAGCGCCUCCCGGUCGUCAUCCCCAAGAUCAACCCCGUCGUCUACGCCUUCCAGGAAUUCUCGUUCCGGUGGAGGCAGCAGUACAGGCGGAAGUACCCAGACGAUGUCCUCGGCAAGGCGGAGGCCAGGGGUAAGGGCGAUUAUCAGAUAGAUUAUGUGCCUGCUCCGAGAAUCACAGAAGCUGACAAAGCAAACGACCGGAAGUCGCUACAACGAGCUCUAGACAAUAAACUUUAUCUUCUUCUGUAUGGCAAGACUUUUGGGGCUCCUGAUGGCAAGCCUGUUUGGCAUUUCCCAGAAAAAGUGUAUGAAAAUGAAGACACUCUGCGUCUGUGUGCUGAGUCGGCGUUAAAGUCUGUUCUGGGUGGACUGGACAACACCUAUUUUGUUGGCAAUGCUCCAAUGGCUCAUAUGGAAGAUGAACAAACAGGAGACUCUAGUGUUCCAUCACUCAAGCGUUUCUUCUUCAAGUCGCAAGUGAUCGGCACCACGAAGCUGGAUAUUGGCAAGUGCGAGGACCAUGUGUGGGUGACCAAGGAUGAAUUGCUGGAGUAUUUUCCAGAGCAUAAGGCGCUCUUUGACAAGAUGAUCAUUCACAUAAGAUAGCUCUCUAGUCUAGUUUAUGCCAUAGGCGACAAGGCCGAGCCUACGUGAAUACCGAGCAAUCCAUCAUUGGUGUCAUACUGCUUGACCUGUGUUCCAGUUUACAGGUGAUGAAUCCACAGAGUCACCACGAAAAAAGACGGCAUUGAACUUUUUUUUCUUCCUGAAAUAGAACAAUGCCAGCCAUGUCCGUGUUGGCUGUCUCUUUUUGUUUUGUUGGCGCUGUUAGAUUAAAAUGUACGGCAAUGUUGUAGCCUCCUACUCCUCAUACAUCUGCUACUUUUAUGAAAAAUAAUUGAUGGGCCAGGUUGCGUUC